CUUGGCUAUAAGCAUAGAAAAAUAAUAUAAUUUCUUUAUAAUCUGAGUUUUAAAUUUGCCAAAGUAUUUUAUAGUCUUUGCUCAUUAAAUAUAAGUGGUAGUUUCCAUACACAAUGGAGCAAACAGUCGUUAAAACUGAAUCUGAAGAACUAGUCGACGAUUCCAAAGGUGUUAUUUUGAUGAAUUACAAUGGACCCAGUACCUCUGUCAACCAAGAAAUGCCUUCAACCUCUGGGAUUGCAAUAAAACAAGAAAUCAAAGAAGAAUUGAAUGAUAGCGACAACUCCAUCAACUACGAUGAAUCAGGGGUAAAGGAAGAAUCAGAAUCUUCCACAGAUGAAGAACACGAUUUUGAUGAAGCUGAGCAAGUCAAACUGAAACUUGAAGCCAAAGACGAAAUAUUGCUUGACCAGGGUUUGCCAUCUGAUAUUGAAGAACAAGCUUUAAAAGCUAUUUCCGAUCUGUUGCCGGAAAAAUCUAAAUCAAAAUACGAGAUUGCCUAUGCCAAAUAUGAAAAAUGGUGUACAGAAAAAGAGAUUCGCAGUUUCGCAAAUGAGAAGGUAUUAUUGUCAUACUUUAGCAGUUUAUCCAAGGUUUGUAAGCCUUCAUCUUUAUGGGCGUAUUAUUCUAUGAUCCGUACAAUGAUUUCCAUAAAACAUAAUGCUGAUAUAAGUAAGCACACAAAUUUAAUUGCAUUUCUGAAAAGAAAUCAUAAGGGCUAUCGGGCAAAAAAGUCAAGAGUCUUAACGAGAAUGGAUGUAACCAAGUUUUUGGAAGAAGCGGAUAAUAAACAAUUUUUGUUUAUGAAGGUGGCCUUAAUUGUUGGAUUGGCUGGUGCAUGCAGGAGAGAAGAAUUGACAUAUUUACUUCUAGAUAAUGUAAAGGAUGAAGGUACAUGUUUUCAUUUUUUUUUGCCAAACACUAAAACCAAAGUACCCAGAGACUUUUUUGUGACAUGUGGAAACAUUGAUGGUAUAAAUAUGGUGGAAAUUAUUCGCAGUUAUAUUGCUCUUCGACCCAAUUCUAUUGACCAUCGCAGAUUUUUUGUUCAAUAUAAACGAGGAAAAUGUAUCAGACAUCCUGUGGGCAUCAAUACCUUUGGAAAUCUGACAAAGAAAAUUGCCUUAUAUCUGAAACUAGAUCACUCUGAAGAGUACACUGGGCAUUGUUUAAGGCGGUCCUCCAAGUCCCUGCUGGCAGAUUCGGGUGCAGAUUUACUAACAGUAAAAAGUCAUAGAAAUUCGGAUGUUAAUACAAAUGACCACGCGAUUAAUGUUUCAAGCCAUUCCUCUUUACUUGCCUCCACUUCAGGAAUUCAUUUGGAACACUGUAAAGAUUGUGUUAUUAAUAUUUAUAAUAAAUAAUUAAGCUGUAUGUUAUGUUACAUUAAAUUUAAAUAUAAUUUGACAUUUUGACUUUUUU